AUGUCUCCCAUCGCAUUGACCCCUCCUGUAGAAGAGAACCGAACAUCGGACCUCACUCUUAGUGGCAUCGAACACAGUCUCCAAAAAACCGCCCCGUCUGUCUUGAAAUCCCAGUCUAAUAGCAGCACCCUCUCAGACACACUCACAAAUGGUGUUACCAACGGCACCAAAUUCAGCAAUGGCGUCGCCACUCCCCUCGCCGAACUCGAUGCCUCCCUUCUCAACGUCACUCUCACCACCUCACCCCGCCCCGUUCCAGAAAUAGGAUCCGCAGAAAUAGCAUCACAAAAGAUCUGCACCGACCACAUGAUCCAGGCUCAAUGGACCGUCCAACAAGGCUGGUCUGCUCCCUCCUUACAACCUUAUGGUCCUCUGUCCCUCAUGCCAACGGCAUCCUGUCUGCACUACGCGACCGAGUGUUUCGAAGGCAUGAAACUAUAUCGUGGGUUCGACGGCAAACUACGUCUAUUCCGGCCCGAACUUAACUGUAAUCGGAUGCUGGUUUCCACGAACAGGAUUGCGCUCCCCGGGUUCCCACCACAAGAAUUGCUAAAGUUGAUCGUCAAGCUGUGUGCGACUGAUGGAGCGAAGUGGCUUCCUAAAAGCAGGCCGGGGGCGUUUUUGUACAUCAGGCCGACGAUGAUAGCAUCAGACCCCGCGCUGGGUGUUCAACGACCGAAAGAAGCCCUCCUCUUCGUCAUCCUAACAUGUUUCCCGCCUAUGGACGGCUCACCCUCUGGUCUCAGACUCCUAGCUAGUAAAGACGACAUGGUGCGCGCCUGGCCGGGUGGUUUCGGCUACGCGAAAGUCGGCGCGAACUACGGACCCAGUCUAGUCGCGCAGGGUGAGGCAAGAGCAAUGGGGUAUGAUCAGAUUCUCUGGUUGUUCGGGGAAAACUGCAAUGUUACGGAAGCCGGGGCGUCAAAUUUCUUCGUGGUGUGGAGGACAAGGGAGGGAGCGUUGCAACUGGUUACGGCGCCGUUGUCGGAGAGGAUUAUUUUAGAUGGGAUUACCAGGAGAUCUGUGCUUGAGCUUGCGAGAACGAGGCUGGAGAUGGGGUGGGAGGAGUUGGAAAAGGUGGAGAUUGUGGAGAGGAAGUUUAGCAUGAUGGAGAUUGAGGAGGCAGUGCAGGAGGAACGGCUGAUCGAAGCGUUUGCAGCGGGGACGGCAUUCUUUAUUGCGCCAGUUGGACAUAUUCAUUUUAGGGGGAUGGAUUUGGCGGUUCCGAUGAAAGAGGGAGAGGGAGGGGCGUAUACGAGAGUGAUCAAGUCGUGGCUGAAGGGGAUUAUGUGGGGGAAUGAAGAACAUGAGUGGGGGUAUGUGAUUGAUGAGGACAUGUUUGGGAGAGAGGUGGCUUAUGAGCUUUCCUGGGUGAGUGGUUUUGGUUGCGGCGUUGGAAUUGUGAUUCUGAUCUACGGGAAGCUUUUUGGGCAAGUGAGCGGGUCUAAAGCUUUCGGCGUUGGGAUCUGGGCUUGGGGUUUGAAGAAUCUUUUCUCGUUCUCGGGAUUUGCGUCGCAACUGUUAAUCAAUGCUAAUUUUACUGAGCUUUCGUCUUCGUUUUAUGAAUCAAUAUUACCACCGAUAUACCUUCCUUUUGUAUGCCUGUUAGUCAAUGCCACACUUUUCGGCACAGCUAUUGAAAUUGACUUAUAA